UAUCGUUCCGUUGCACUCGAACUUAACACUUUCUUGUUUGGAUUUUGGUAAUAGUUUUUAUAUUAUCGAUUUUGACUAUGUUGACAUUUUAUUUAAAAGGCAAUUAUGGGUAUUCAUAAGUUAUAUGAAAUAUGCAUAUGUAUUUAUGUCUUGCCUAAUUAUAUAUACAUACAUAUAUAUGCACUUAAUUUGUUAUGAUUUACAGGGAAUGAACUUUAUGUACUUCUGUUCUACAUGUGCCCGUACAAAUAUAAAUAUUUCGUCGAACAUGCUUAAUAUUUCCCUCUUAACGGAGUAUUUGACUUUUUUAUUAACUGCGCAACUGCAGCAAAAUUUAUUUGAUGAUAGCGAGGAGCGAUGCUUCAAUAAAGAGUUUAUUGUAAGUUUUGUUGUGAGAAUCAAAAUUAAGUAGCGUUUGUUAAUAUGGGAUGUAGAAUUGAACAGAUAUAUUCAGUGUGUUUUAGAAAUAAAAAACAACUUUUUCCUUUUAAUUUUUUAAGUUAUCAGCAACAAAAAUAAGUGAUAUUCAAAUUAUAUUCAAUGGUGUAGAAACUGAAACCUACAUUGAAAAAUAAGAGGCAACCGAAAUGAGUAAUAAGCAACGCCGAACGCGAACCAAUUUUACUACAGAACAAUUAAACAAUCUAGAGAAAUUAUUUGAUGAAACGCAUUAUCCCGACGCUUUUAUGAGAGAAGAAUUAAGUCAGCGCCUGGGAUUAAAUGAAGCAAAAGUACAGGUUUGGUUUCAGAAUAGAAGAGCUAAGUGUCGAAAACGAGAGAGCCAGUUGCAUAAAGGAAAUCCUAACACAACAGUUCCCAGUUCUUUGGAUGCUUGCAGCAUAUCAUCUUAUAGCAAAAUAAAUGAUUCGCCAUUAGGAAUCCGUAUUUUACAUGGAAACAUAACACAUAUUAAUGAUACAAAGUUCACUGUCCAAUGUUUGAUUGAUGGAAAACAACCUCUGGGAUCUACGCCCGUUUCAUCUUCAGCCGAGCGAAGUUUUAUUUCUGCAACUGGUCAACAGCUUGGUACUGUAAUUGACAACUCUUCACCAAAAACCUGGAUUCCUAUAUGUCCUAACCCAUUUGAUUUGGCUGCCAUUGCAUCAGUCUAUAGCAAAAAAAUUAGUAUUGUGGAUUUACGAAUAAAAGCAAGAAAAUACGCGGAAACUUCCAAAAAUACUUUAGAGCAUAUUGACUUACUGGAUAUAUAGUUUAAAUUAAAUUUUGCUUAAAUGUAUGUAUAUUCAUCGGUGUUUAUACUGAAUUUAAUAUAUGUACAUACAUAAAUAAAAAAUUAUAUUAUAAUAUGUUAAGGAAAAAAAAUAAUUGAUACUUGAAUGAUUUGUUGCUCAUAUUCAACGCAACGUAAGUAUUCCAUUUUACAUCGGUUGAAUAGCCUUAGACCUAAAGACUUUUCACCCAGAAACUUUCAGCAACUAAUUGGCGGACUUUCAAUUGGACCUAGGUGUGUAAUGUUGUAUCCAUGUUUCAUCCAUUAACACAAAUAAGAAACUCGUUCUUUUUAUGUUUGAUCAUUACCGUCUCGUCCUUUGAAAUUUUUUUUUACUUGGAAACAAUGCUUUUUUCCCAUAAGGAAACAAUAUCAGCGAAUUGCGAAUAAUUUAAUUUUUAUAUUGAAAACAAAACCAGCAGAAA